UCCCCUCGACCUCCGUCCCUCCGCCAUGGCGAGCAAUGGCGGCCCCGGCGCGAGCGCGGGUGCGGGAGCGGGGCCCGCGGCGGCGCCGCCGACGCAUCUGAACGCGGUGAGGGACACUAUGGACGUUCUGCUUGAGAUUUCAAGAAUUUUGAAUACUGGGUUAGACAUGGAAACUCUGUCCAUUUGUGUAAGGCUUUGUGAACAAGGAAUAAAUCCAGAAGCUUUAUCAUCAGUAAUUAAAGAACUUCGAAAGGCCACUGAUGCAUUAAAGGCUGCUGAAAAUAUGACAAGCUGACUUUCCAGAAAAAUCCCGAUGAGAGAUGUCAAGCUCCUUGCAAAAGAAAAUGAAGAUUGCAUUGUAGUCAGAACAUACAAUGAAAUUACUGCAUGCAGCAGUGUAGAAACAUUUUCCUUUUAAAAAUUAUAAACCAUAGCUUUAUAAAUCAGUGGAAAGUGGCUUACAAAGAGAGCUAUCAGAUGUGUUUACGUCAUGUCUUACUUUUUUUUUAAGUAGCUCAUGCAUCGGCUGGCGUUGCUAUAUUCCUAUUUCUGUAUUUCUUUUAGCUCAGAUAGCUUUCAUUUUCUAAGCAGUCUCUCAAUCAGAUGUGCACAUCUGCUGUGCCUGGUUGAAGGAUAGUAGAACCCAUCAGCAAUAAUGUAGUAGUUAUGACUUGUUGACAUUUCUAUUAUCAACCUUGGUUUUGAAUUGUUUAUGCACAAUAACUCUGGAUUUAUGUUACAUUGGACUAGAAAUUGUCAGAAUUUCAUCCACCGUUUGUGAAUUUUUAUUUAGGUUCAUUAUGUAGAUCAGAAUCUUUUUUUAUCAGCUCAUGGGAAAGCAUUUGCUCUAAUAUGCUCUUUAACAAAGUAUAUUUAGUUUUUUAAAUGUAAAGCUUGAAAGAACCAGGUCAUUUUUUGUAUUGAGAAAUAAAGUUUUUAAACUUAUAUUUUAUGAGUGACGACAGUGUUUAAACCAGUAUUUAUUUUGUCAUUUGAGUCCUGGAAGUUUAAUGGGACAUUAUUAAUUGAACAUGUUUUUCAUUCUUUUCCAUUCUGAAAACAA